UCAGAACUCAAGUGUAUUCAUGUGUGCGGGCAAUUUUACGAAUGUUUAAUAGCACACCUGUCAUUAUUAAAACUCAAUCGAAGUGGAGGACCCACGAAAUUUAAAAGACAGCUGUUUGGUAUGGACCCUAAUUAUAAUUUUAAUCAAGGAGUUAAUCCUCCUGAAUCUUAUAACGCAGUGCCCUCCACACAGAACAUGCAAGGGACUAAUAUAUGGACUGGGAAUUAUCCCAACUUUCCGCAAAUGCAGCAACUCAACGCACAGCUCGGUGCAAUGAAUUUGAACAAUUCUGGAACAAAUUAUUUGGAUGCUUACAUGUCCAUGGCAAGAAAUGACGCAUCAGCUGCACCUAACAAUGGACCAUACAUUAUCGCGUCUGUACAGCCAUCUCCGGUGACAAUUACUCAAGGAACGCCCGGACUGAACAUGCAAACUUUACAAGCCAACUUACCAACUAAUGUUACGGGCUUUCCAAAUGGACAAUUUCCAGUACCACCCCAGGCAAACCAAGUUUCAGGUGUGAUGACACCGGAGCAAUUUGCCUUGUGGACGCUUCAAACAAACAUAGCUCUUGGAAAUAUAUCACAGGAAGCUUUAGUUAACAAUCUUCAAUCCAUUCCAAAGGGUUCUGUGUCAGUGCCGAUAACCGUUGCCAGUAUUUUACCUCAGGCAUCUCAAGAAGCCGUCUCGCCGACCACCUCCCUCAGUUCUAAUUCCGCUCCCCAAACACCGACUACCCCAGGGACAGGGCAUGUUUCCGAAGGGACACCAGGAAUUGGAAGACCUUUGCACGUGCAGCUGAAUGAAACCGGAAGUACUUCGUCCAGUUCCAUGCCUGGAUCGCCUUCAAGCAUAUCAGGACACUCUCUUCCGGAGACAUCAACUUCCUGUCCUCUUUCUCCGGAUUCUGAAAAUGUUUUCUUAAAUGGUGAAUGGAAAUCCGGAAAUGUUCCCAUUCGUUCACAUUCUCUUAAAUAUCAAGUGAAAUAUCCUAAGGAUAAGUGUUAUAAAUGUAUGAAGAAGAUCUACCCAAUGGACAAAACGGGCCCAGUAAAAGACGCAAUGUAUCAUAAAGGGUGCUUUGUUUGCAAAGUGUGUAAAACUCUUCUAAAUAUGAAGAAUUAUUACCUAAACAAAAAUGACACAUUCGACCAUGACGUUUACUGCAAGUCGCAUCAGCCCGUGGGCACGGGGAAAGGGACAGAUGCGGACGCUGUUUUAAUUAAAGGUUUAAUGAAUGUUCCAAAACUGGGCAAGGUAAAUGAACAAAUCAGAGGAGACAAAAAUUAUCAUCUGGAUGCCAAUGCAGUAGAAAUAGCCCAUGCACGCAGUGUACCAGCACCCGACCUUCAAAUGGCCAACAAGGUCAAGGAGAAAUCAUGGACUAAGGAUCAGAGGAAGCCGGAAAGUGUUCCUCCGCCGAACGUGGUCCGAUAUAAGGAUCCGGUUCCGGAAUAUGAUCAGGAAAGUUAUGAAAGAUACGUGGUAGAAAACAACCCAGACUACUAGUUUUUGGAUUUUUUUAUACCUUACUUUGGGUAACAAACACAGGAUUUUCUAAAACGGACCUCAAAAUUUAUGUCAGAUUACGGGAAAUCAUCAUACAUUGUAUCUUGGACCAUCUACUUUGGCCAUUAUAUGAUUUAAAUCGCUAUACUUACAGUUUAAACGUUGUGUGAGAUUUAAGCUUGAUUUAAAUUGUAUAAUGGAAAACAAUCCAAAGGUUUUAAACAGAGGAUUUAUUUGACCCAUUGCGUUUUAUACAGUUUUGAUUUCACUGGAGAAAAUAGGUUGGCAAUGGUGCGUGUAGUUAACAAUAGGAACCUGAGGUGUCGGGCAGAGAUUUAAUAAAGCUGACCCUAGUCGCCAACACAUGAAUAUCAGGACACCAAACAAUAAUUAAUAGCUCCUUAUUUCGCCGAAUUGUCCACUGAUGGUGGUUAUAACGUCUAUUGGUUGUUAAAUAGUCGCCGAAUUCGUCAGUACUUAUGGAAAGUUUCACACCUGAAGAGACCCAUUUAGAAUGAGGACACCAGUCGAGUAAUAUCCUCAGAAAUUCUCAAUUAACGCACUAAUAAUUUUGGUGUAAAUCAGUAUCUACUCUUGUGUUAACAUUUGACAUGCAUGAGUAACAGGCAUAUGAUUGAUAUUAUUAUAUUUACAAAUAUACAAGAUAUUUUAUGUACAGCCUAAUAUUUGUAACGGGCAUCAAUCAAAAUUAAGCACAUGUUAAUUAUGAAUGUGGUAUUAUUUUACUUAUAACUGAGAGGCCAGAAAAAAAAACUACUUAUCAUCCAUUUAAACAUGACAUACAGUGUAUAUAAGUAUUUAUAAUGUACCUUUGUUAUUUAUUGUUUGCAAUUGUUUAUAUACCUCAAAAAUACUAUUACGAUGUGUUCUCGGUCUUAUUUUUUCAUCUUGAUUACGAUCUAUGCAGGUCAUCGUUAGAGUUUUCCCAUAAGCACUGAUAUGUCAGCGACUACCUAUUAAAGACGAAGUGCUU